GUCGCUCCGCGGACACCUGCUCGCCUCCGGGCGUGGGCGUGGAGUUAGAGAACUGGGUUUGCGCGUCCGACUCAAGCUUUCAAUGGCCAGGCAAGCUGCCGGACCGUGUCCUUUUCCACCCGUAAAGCCGAGACGCUCUUGCCUCUUGGGGCGGGCCGAUGGCCAGCUAACACUUCGAAGUCUGGAGCACCCUGGACAGCGACGAUCAUGUGGCACCCAGGAUUCACAGGGGACCCUAAGGGCGUACAACAGCACUUCAUUACCACACUGCCAUUUGCAGCAAUCUGUGUCACAGAUCAAGAUGUAAAAAGAACUCUCGGCUACUUCUCCAGCACAUGUCUGCCUGCACACUGCCAUCUUUCCUGCCGGGAUGGUAACGGACUAAACUCUGAAACUUCUCACACCAUUUUGCUGGUACAGCCUACCAAGAGGCCAGAAGGCAGGACUUAUGCUGACUACGAGUCUGUGAAUGAGUGCAUGGAAGGUGUUUGUAAAAUGUAUGAAGAGCAUCUGAAGAGAAUGAAUCCCAACAGCCCCUCCAUCACAUAUGAUAUCAGUCAGUUGUUUGAUUUUAUUGACGAUCUGGCAGAUCUCAGCUGUCUUGUUUACCGAGCUGAUACACAGACGUACCAGCCUUAUAACAAAGACUGGAUCAAAGAGAAGAUCUAUGUGCUCCUUCGUCGACAGGCCCAACAGGCUGGGAAGUAGGAGAUUUGGAAGCAUUGGGGGCUGGGCUGGGCUGGGCUUGGAACAGGUGCAUACAGUGUGCUGUAGUGAACAUUUUGUAAGAUAGUAAUCCUGUUUCCACUUUGUUACACUAGAGCCAAGACUGAAUGUAAGACAUGAAACGUGAAUGAUCUUUUCAUUCUGAAACCACCAUUGCCCCUCUGCUCCUUUUCUUUCUUUCUUUCUUUCUUUCUUUUUUUUUUUUACUAAACAUUUUUUUGAUAAUUCAAAUAGAAAGUGUUUUUGCCAUUUAAGGUUGGUUCCGGUCCUUGAAACUGUUCGUACCUGCUUUAUAGCAGCGAGUGCACUAACCCUCCGUGGGGGGUGGGGUGGUGACAAGGUUAGUUAUGUCCUCUGGGAAAGUCUUAGAGAAAAAUAAAGAAAUGUUCUGUA